AUGGCUGAAGACGAGGCCUUGACUCGAGCCUUGUUCGAUGCCGUUAAUGAAGCCAAGGCGGAAUGCUUGGCACAAAUGCAGCGGGAGCAGGCGGCGGCGGAGGCGCGGGUCCCCCGCCCGAUACGACGUCGGACAUUUGUCCCCCGCGAGCACGACGUAGCGCACGAACUAUCGGGAAGACGGGAUCGGCAGACCCGGCCACGCCGUUGCAGAAGUGCACGGUUGCGUUUCCGCCAGUUGGCCUACGGCACAACAACGGAUAUGUUCGACGAGUACCUCCACGUCGGGGAGACAACUGGCCGCGAAUGUCUCAAGACUUUUUGUAAGUUAGUUGUGGAGGCUUUUGGCGACACAUAUUUGCGACGCCCGACUGCUGAUGAUUGCCAGAGCCUGAUGCGGAUGCACGAGACGGUGCACGGCUUCCCUGGGAUGCUAGGGAGCAUCGACUCCGGGUCGAACAACGACAUCAAUGUCCUCAACUCAUCCACCAUAUUCGCCGAUCAGUGCAGGGGUCGCGGUCUGGCCAUUCAGUUCACUGCCAACGACCGCACACAUCAUAUGGGGUACUACUUGGCCGAUCACAUAUACCCAAGGUGGCCUGUUUUUUUGAAGACGAUCAGCUGCCCAAUUGGUGAGAGGAGAGUCUUGUUUGCGGCAAAGCAGGGAGUCGCGCGGAAGGAUGUGGAGCGGGCUUUUGGGGUGCUCCAAUCGCGGUGGGCAAUCGUGAAAGGUCCGACGCGUUUCUGGUACAAGGAAGUCAUCGCCGACGUCAUGUAUGCGUGCAUCAUCAUGCAUAACAUGAUAGUCGAACAAGAACGUGGACAUGUCACCGAUUGGGUGGAUGAUGAUGAUUACCGACUGGUUUCGGUGCGGUUCUAUGCGGCAGCGACAGGCCUCAAUGCGCAACCAACAAGACCAUACUCAGCUCAUGACCGACAUGAUUGA